GGGAGUGAUCCGCCUCUCGCACAGAGCACUGCUGGUUGGCAAAGGAGUGGCGGCGGGAUCUCUCGCCGCUCUGAACGCGAGACUGUCGCUGACCUUGGUGCUGAAAGCCAUUCACCUCCUUCUAAAGCAACUUAAGUGUCGCUUUGCAGCGAAAAAGUGACAGGACGAGACAAGGAAUUGAGCACCUUUAAUUUUUUUUCAUCUUAAUUAACCAUAGGUGCGUUCCGUUUUUUUCCAACUCCGUCAAUUUAAAGCGCACAUUAUUUCGUUAAAAAUCUCAAAUCUGAGAUGGCAUCGCGUGGUCUUAUCGCGCGCGGGGCAGUUUAUGAGUUUAUAAUUAUGAGUAGACAGAGUCAGACCACUUCUGAUAUCUCUCUUGUGUAGGCGGAUUUUUUUUCUUCUUCGCUCUGUGAACACCGUCGUGAAUUUUCCUCAUCUGUCUUACUGAAUCAUUGAUCCGCUGGGUAUCGGUCCGGUAUGCUCUGUCAUCUCACACUGUGACAUGGUACUUUAACAUUACCGGGAAAAACGAGGGAUUAUCACAUUUGGAGACAUGGAGACUCCGAAGGAGCCUGGUUUUGUACCCAGCAAAGAGGGGCUGAAGCAACUAGCGGGGAAGACACUGGGGCACGUGUACAAAGUGUUGGAAAAGCGGCAAAAACCUGGUGAGAACAUUGAACUGACCGAGGAUGGACGGCCUGCCCAGUCCAACGAGAAAAAGGCACCUUUGUGCGACUGCACGUGUUUUGGACUUCCACGCCGCUACAUCAUUGCCAUAAUGAGCGGCCUCGGCUUCUGUAUCUCCUUCGGCAUUCGGUGCAACUUAGGCGUGGCCAUAGUGAGCAUGGUGAACAACAGCACCAUUCACCUGAACGGAAAGAUCAUCAUCAAAGAGAAGGCAAAAUUCAACUGGGACCCGGAAACUGUUGGAAUGAUUCAUGGCUCAUUUUUCUGGGGUUAUAUUGUGACGCAAAUUCCCGGAGGAUACAUUUCUUCUAGAUUGGCGGCAAACAGGGUCUUUGGCGCAGCCAUUCUCCUCACAUCCACACUGAACAUGUUCAUCCCCUCAGCUGCACGUGUUCACUAUGGUUGCGUCAUAUUCGUCAGGAUAUUACAAGGGCUUGUCGAGGGUGUGACCUACCCAGCCUGUCAUGGGAUCUGGAGUAAGUGGGCUCCUCCACUGGAAAGAAGCCGUCUAGCCACAACCUCCUUCUGUGGUUCCUACGCUGGAGCUGUCAUUGCCAUGCCUUUAGCUGGGAUCCUGGUGCAGUACACUGGCUGGUCAUCUGUUUUUUAUGUCUAUGGCUGUUUUGGGAUUUUCUGGUACAUGUUCUGGAUCUUGGUGUCAUAUGAGAGCCCAGCUGAACAUCCUACCAUCACACCUGAAGAACGCUGCUACAUUGAGGAGAGUAUCGGCGAGAGCGCUAAGCUGCUAGGUCCUGCAGAAAAAUUCAAGACACCUUGGAGGCAGUUUUUCACAUCCAUGCCUGUCUAUGCAAUCAUUGUGGCCAACUUCUGCAGGAGUUGGACCUUCUACUUGCUGCUCAUCAGCCAACCUGCAUACUUCGAAGAGGUGUUUGGCUUUGAGAUUAGCAAGGUUGGCAUGCUGUCAGCACUGCCCCAUCUGGUGAUGACCAUUAUCGUACCCAUUGGGGGACAGAUAGCCGAUUUCCUUCGUAGCAAAAACAUCCUGUCUACUACCACAGUUCGGAAGAUCAUGAACUGCGGAGGCUUUGGUAUGGAGGCCACUCUAUUGUUGGUGGUUGGUUACUCGCAUAGUAAAGGAGUGGCCAUUUCGUUUCUUGUGUUGGCUGUUGGCUUCAGUGGAUUUGCAAUAUCAGGUUUCAAUGUCAAUCAUUUAGACAUCGCUCCUCGCUAUGCCAGUAUCCUCAUGGGAAUCUCUAAUGGAGUGGGAACUCUGUCGGGAAUGGUGUGUCCUCUCAUUGUGGGUGCCAUGACCAAACACAAAACCCGAGAAGAGUGGCAGUAUGUGUUUCUUAUCGCUUCCCUGGUGCAUUACGGCGGCGUAAUCUUCUAUGGCCUCUUCGCCUCGGGGGAGAAGCAGCCGUGGGCAGAUCCAGAGCAGACCAGUGAAGAAAAGUGUGGCUUCAUUGAUGAAGAUGAGCUGGCUGAGGAGACAGGGGACAUCACCCAGAGCUACGGUGCCCUGGGAGGUCCAGCCAAAACCUACGGUGCCACUACGCAGUUGAACGGUGGAUGGGCAGAAGGAUGGGAUAAACGAGAGGAGUAUGUACAGGAAGGCGUGGAGGAAGGGGGUUAUGGAUACAGGCAGGGUGGGGGUUACUCCUAGACCUCGCAAAUACACACUAUUCACACACACACACACACACACACAGACACACAUGAAGCACACAGCUUUACAUAAACAAACAGUGGAGCAAAAAGUAUUUGGACAUGCUUAGACACAAGCCACAAGUGAAAAUGUAAAAAUUUAAUUGCAUUAAAUAGAACACAAGUGCAAUCUUCAACAAAUUUGCGAUUUGAAGUGACUUAAAAAAAAAAUAAAUAAAUAAAUAAAUAUAUAUAUAUAUAUAUAUAUAUAUAUAUAUGUGUGUGUGUGUGUGUAGUUAUAUAUUAAUACAUAUAUAAAAUAAUAUAUAUAAUAUAUUGAUAUAUCAUCAAACCUGCUUUAAAAAAUGCUUUUUUGUUAUCUAAUCUAAUGCAAUGACAUUUCUGCAUUUUUAAGUGUAACUUAACAAUCCAAAUACUUCUUGGAGCCACUAUACAUACAACACAAGAUAAAAAAUAUAUGCCCACACUGUAGAUUUUGUAGUGUCUGUGAAAAAAAGGUUAUUAAUUAACAUGUAAAAACCUAAAAAUUGUUGUAUGUUUGCACAAAUUUAAAUGAUCAAAUCCUACAUUUAAAUGAGUCAAUUAUACAAAGGAGAUAUUACAUAUCAAAAUUGGCGGACUGUAAAUGUUCUGUGUAUUAAAAAAAGAGUACGUUUAUUUCAAGUGCAAUCAUGUGUAAUGUUGUGAAACCGAGUUUUUCACCCCAUUAUUCCGAGCCUUUGCAACAUAGAGAAGCCUGUAGAGUUAGUCAGGCAACUGGCUUCCAGAACCGAGGCUCGAGUAAUGAACCUGUCUGGAGUCAUUCAUGGAGAAAUACUGCUGUAGAGAAUUUCAACCAAACAACUGGUUUCCACUGUCUUUUUUCUGAUUGCACUGAGAGAGCUGUACAAUGUAACUUAACAGCACAACAAAGCGAGUUUGUUUAUACCUCAUAAUGUGUUACUCGUUCAUCGUGUAAAUCAUGUUUUUGAGAGAUUAAAGAGAACUUCAGUCUUUGACACUGCAGAGAAAAAGCACAGUUUUUUAGACGAUGAAAUAAAAGCAACAAAAGUGUUUUUUCAAGCUCAGCAGGAUGUUUCAGUCGUAUCCGUAUAUAUAUAUUUUUUCGGACGGUGCUGUUUAAUAAUAGAUGAAACUUGGGAAGGGGUUCGAUUUUCGAUCAUUGGAAUCGCAAGACCUACAAAAAGCAAAAGCACAGUGUGUCAAGGCUACGGACUCUUUAAUUUCCAUGCCAUUCCUUUAACUCCAUGCCAUUUUGACAUCUGUGAAUGUUAGUUAUGCAUGGGUCAAAACUGUUUUUGUUUUUCUACAAAUGUCGUCAUUGUUUUAGUUUCUAAACUGUUACUGAUUUGUCAAUUUCUUUGCACAAUUAACCAAAGGUAACCUGUAGUGUGGGAUUUUAGCUGGGAUGGGAGAGAAAGUUUCCAUUUAGAAAACAAGGGAGAACCUGUGCAAAGGGCUGGUGUAGUCCUAGCAGCAGGUAAUAACCAUAUUCAAUGUACAAAGCAAUAAAUCUAUGGUAACAGUUACUUAGCAGUCACUCAUUCAAAAAUAUGUAACACAUUAGGACAUUUAACUGUAUUAAUUUUGGUUUAAGUGUUUUUGUGAUGACAAUUAAAAAAGAGAACAGAUUAAACAACUACUUACUGUUAAAAUAUAUAUAUAUAUAUAUAUAUAUAUACAUAUGAAAAUAUAUUUAGAUUUAGCAGAGUCCAGCGCAACUCUCUUUACUGUGAAGAGUUUGUGCACUGGACCCACUCACCAGAAGAGAAUGAUUCUUAAGUGCCGCCUGCAGCUGGUUCCUGUGUGAAACUCAUACCGGGGUCCUCAGCUCCGCAGGUGGCCGCACCUCUGUAGUCGUCCUGUAUGGUUGCCAGUGGUUGCUUUUUGAGAGUAUGUUGUUGUCGGGUAUCCUUUACGUUAAUCCUCUCUUUUUGUCCUUCCCCUUUGUUUCUGGUCUGUGUUUUGUCUGUGGCUAGAGAAGCGCACCCUUGCCUUCCUCUUUUCUCCUUGCAUUUUCCCACUACUGUUGCAAUAUUCAGCGACACAAGGAUUGUGUGUAAAGGUAUUCAAAAUCUUCAAAAAUGACAGUAAUUUGCCUGAUGAUGUUGAGGUACCUUAUUCUUGUUUCCUGCCUAAGAGUGAAGUGUGAGUAUAUGGCUUCCUUUGCUGUGUUACUGUAAAUGGAGAGGUAUGUUGAUGUGAAAUUGAAAUGCUCUAUAUAGCCUUUUUUAUAUAAAAUUAUAACAAAAUUUA